AUGGAAAGAGUAAAGCCAUUUGGGGAUUGCGGACAAGAGCACAACAACCUUGUCCCGGAUAAUGCAUCACGGGUACACAGACCUAGUGAAGCACAUGCCACAAUCGCUGCAAUCAACAAUGAUGCAAGCCCGGAUGUGGAACAACUUUCAGGGAGUUCAAAGGAGGACGAAGUAAUGGACCUCCAAACAGAUGAAGCAGGAGCCCCUACAAAACUCUUUCCUGGACUUGAUCCCCGGUUGAAGCCCUGUAAUACCAGCUCAAACGACUCCGAGAUACUCCUCUACAAGAAGGCUAAAUUGAUCCACGAACGUUUUGCGGAAGACAAACCCCAAAAUAUAGCAGAAGACGAGGGAUACAAUGCACCAUCCUCGACUCAACUGAACCAUCAGAGGUCGACGGCAUUGACGUUUGCAUAUGUGACGAGGGGGCUCAACACCUGCACCCAACUUAAACCCGAAACCCGAGGCGAAGUGUUUGAACUUGAAUUCCAGAUCUUCGAGACAGUCCCCGAGAACAUUGUUGACCAUGUCUGCUUGAAUUGGAGUUAAUGAACCAUGGCAAAAGAAGUAGUAUUUAUGUCGGUACUAGCGCUAAAGCGACUGAAGGUUGAAGAAACUGAUGGAAAGAGGCGGGACAAAAUUGAAAUGAACCACCUUCGGUCGAACUCUCGCUAC